AUGGCUGACUUCAUGUAUAAGCUUGGGGGCAUCAUUUAUACCAGAAAGUAUGGAAGCAAUCAUACGAUUAUUACAGCACGAAGCCAACCUGAAGAGGUUCUAGCCAGCGAUGGCACACGCUACAGCAACAGCUCGGCCAACAUGCUAACACUCAGGGGCCCACGGUGGACAAGAAGGGCCCUGCUGCUCGCCACCCUUUGGGCUACUACACACCUGCCGGCGCCAAGUGCCUCCCUGCCCCGGAGACUCCCAAGGGCCACAGGAAAUGCUACCCAAUGUGCCACCUCUCGAUCCUCGGAGUUUCCUGAGGGUUUUUUCACGAAACAGGAGCAAGUGGAGGGAGGCAUCAUCAUCUACUUCCUAAUCAUCCUGUACAUGCUCAUGGCUGUGUCUCUGGUCUGCGAUGAGUACUUCCUCCCUUCCCUGGAAAGCAUCAGUGAAGCUCUCGGACUGUCUCCAGACGUCGCAGGGGCAACCUUUAUGGCAGCAGGCAGUUCCGCUCCUGAAUUGAUCACUGCUUUCCUAGGCGUAUUUGUCACAAAGGGAGACAUUGGUAUCAGCACCAUUCUGGGAUCGGCCAUGUACAAUCUCCUUGGCAUCUCGGCAGCCUGUGGCUUACUAUCCAACAUGGUUUCACCGCUCUCAUGUUGGCCGCUAUUCCGAGACUGUACAGCAUAUGCAAUUAGUGUAGCGGCAGUCCUCGGCAUAAUAUGUGACAACCGAGUUUACUGGUAUGAAGGCACUGUACUGCUUCUGAUAUAUGGGUUGUAUGUCUUGGUGCUUUCUUUGGACAUUAAAAUUAGGCAGUACGUCAUAAAGAAAUGCAGCCCUUGCUGCACGUCCAUUGCCACAGCUAUGGAGGAAAGAGCUGACCAGCAGCCACUGGUGGGAUGGGAAGAUGAGGAUCGACCAUUCAUACGUCGACGAUCAAGAACUGAUAGUGGAAUAUUCCAUGAAGAUUCUGGCUACUCCCAACUCUCCCUAAGUUUACAUGGUCUUAUUCCGGUUUCUGAAGAUCCACCAAGUGUUUUCAGUAUGCCUGAAGCAGACUUAAGAAGAAUUUUGUGGGUAUUAUCCCUUCCUAUUAUUACGCUACUUUUUCUAACUACUCCAGAUUGCAGAAGAAAGUUCUGGAAAAGCUACUUUGUGAUAACAUUUUUUAUGUCUGCACUAUGGAUCUCUGCAUUCACAUACAUCCUGGUCUGGAUGGUCACACUAACUGGUAGGUACCGUAAAUACAAAAGCACAAUUUACAAAGAAAUCCAUUCCCUAUAA